AGUCGAGUGUGUGGAGCAGGGGCAGAGAGGAGCGUUUCUCUGUGGGAGAAGUUGGCUGGAGGUGGUGAAGAUGGCGGAUGGAGACAGUGGGAGCGAGCGCGGCGGUGGCAGUAGCGGCGGUGGCGGUGGGGGAUUCCAGCACUUCCAGCGGGAGCAGGAGACCCAGGAGUUGGCGUCCAAGCGUCUGGACAUUCAGAACAAGCGCUUCUACCUGGACGUUAAGCAGAACUCGAAGGGCCGCUUCAUUAAGAUAGCGGAGGUGGGAGCCGGGGGCUCUAAAAGCCGCCUGACUCUCUCCAUGUCUGUUGCGGCGGAGUUCCGCGACUACCUCGGAGAUUUCAUCGAGCACUACGCCCAGCUGGGGCCCAGCAGCCCGGAGCAGAUCGCACAGUCCUCCGGUGGCGAUGAUGGUGGCCCGCGGCGGGCGCUCAAGAGCGAGUUCUUGGUUCGCGAGAACCGCAAAUACUACCUCGACCUCAAGGAGAACCAGCGCGGGAGGUUCCUAAGGAUCCGGCAGACCGUCAAUCGAGGGCCCGGCUUUGGAGUCGGCGGCGGCCCCGGGGGCGCCGUGCAGGCCGGCCAGACUAUCGCGCUCCCGGCUCAGGGCCUGAUCGAGUUCCGCGACGCCCUGGCCAAACUCAUCGACGACUACGGCGGCGAGGACGAGGAGCUGAGCGGGGGGCCCGGCGCCCCUGGGGGAUACGGAGAGCUGCCCGAGGGCACCUCCAUCAUCGUGGACUCCAAGAGGUUCUUUUUCGACGUCGGCUCCAACAAGUACGGGGUGUUCCUGCGGGUCAGCGAGGUCAAACCCAGCUACAGGAACUCCAUCACCAUUCCCUUCAAAGCCUGGGGUAAGUUUGGUGGAGCGUUCUGUCGCUAUGCCGAGGAGAUGAAGGAGAUCCAGGAGAGACACCGGGAUAAAAUGUACGAGAGGAGAGAGGAGUCGGAAGGGGAAGAUGUGGACGAUGACUGACAUUAAGGUCACAUGAAAAGUUCAAUAGAUGUAUGAGAAACGAUAAGUGCAUGAAUUGAACUCAACUAGCCUAAUAAGAUAUUGUGGUAUACUAUUAAUUUGACAGAAAAAUAGAUCUGUGAAGUUUUUAUGUGGUGAGGGUCAUAUAUAAGAAGCCAUGGGCGAAGGAUGUCUCAUUUGCAGGGCUGUUAUCAGGGGUCUCCUUGUCCUCAUGGGGCCCUCUAUGAUAUGAUAUAAUCUACUCAUUGGAGCGAUCCCACACAUACAAAUUUUAUUUUAGUGACAGCCCUUCUCAUGAGCUUUGACUUACUCCUGAUGCUUCCCUGUCCUUGUAAACCAGCAAGUUUAAUUGUCUUGGUUAACAAUUAAACCUUUAGUAUAUCCAACACUAAGACUGCUGUCAAUAAAACCAGGUUACAUGGGUGCAAAUUGUCUAACAGAUUUAGAGGAAAGAAAUUUUGUAUAAAUAUUCAGUGUCACUGGUCUUUAUGGUGUGUUUCUAACCAAGGCAGACACAACUGUUGUGCAUCAGAAUAACUUUGCAUUUCCAGAUUAUUUUAUUUCAUUUUUUUAAUAGACCAAUGUUCCCAAGGGUCUCAUAACUUAUUGUUUUAUUUGUUUCAUUUGGUAAGCCAUGUAUCCAGCAAAAUGAGUUUUAUAGUUUGGUGAUUAGACAAUGACAUGUUUUAAAUUCAGAUUUGGAUGGAAAAUAUCUUAAAAGAGAGAGUUCAACCAAAAAUGAAAACUCUCACCCUUGUGUUGUUCCAGACCCGAAUGAAUUUUUUAACUUGGGGGGGGAAUCAAGUGACCAUUUACUGUAAUUGCAUCCUUUUUCCAAUCCAUGCAAUGAAAGUGGAUGGUGACUGAAGCCAACAUUCUGUCUCUUUUUGUAUUCCACAGAAGAAAAUCAUACGACCGAGGGUGAGUAAAUUAUUUUUGGUUGAACAAUCCCUUUAAACAUGGAAGUUUUGACCCCUAAUUUGUGGUCUCAGAGACUUUAAAUCGGAGGUCAGAAUCUUUCAAGCAGUGAUUUCAUUUUACCGGAAGUUUAUACUCUUCCACUGUUAUGAAUUGACAUUAUGGCUACAGCCUGCUGGGGACUUAUGGGAUAUUUAGGGAUAGGGGUCAACAUACAAAGGGCUUUGUUGUUUUCUUGACUUGGGUCCAAAUCUUUGACUAUGUUGGACUUAAAGUCCCCUCUGAAUAUUUAAAAGCAGAUUGCUUAAUAGAAGUACAGCAUGAUAACACUCCAUUAUAUAAAGGACAAAGCUACAUGAGUGUGUGUAUUUUCACCCCUCUCCCUUUUUGUGUUGUUCUUUUCUUUUUAGUAAAUGGAGGAUCAUUCUAUAUGAGAGAAUACGUCAACAAACCAGCAUAUUUUUGGAUAUACAAAGUACAAAUUAUAUAUAAACUAAAGAAUUAUAAAGGCUCAAGAAGCUUAUUUUGUAAAAAAAAAUUAAAAAAAGAAAGAGAUAAAUAAGCUGGGAUUGAAAGAAUGUCCUGUGUAUUUGUUUUGUGAACGAGUAUAGUGUCAUAAUUAAAGAACAUCAAUAACAAUGCAUCUAUGACUGCAUAUUUCAGAUUAGCUGAAUGAAAUGUCAUCCCCCAAGCUCCUCCCAUAAUCCUCUUGAGUUUGUGCACGCAUCAUUGCAUUUAAUUUCUAUAGAAUAGGCCUAGAUAUCAAAAGUCUUCAGUGGUUUUGUAGUAAGCCCAUUUCUGUGCAUGCUUGUCCUGCAUUUGCCUUUAAUUUAUUGCUUUUCUUGCGUAGUAUCUGCAACUAUAUUAAUGCAAAACUUUUUUUUAAUUCAUUAGAAAAUAAAGAAUAUACUGGGCGAGUGUGUCACCAAAAAUAUGUUGAAAUAACCAAGUAGACCAGAGGGUUAUGAUGGAGAAAGAUUGUUACAUUGAAAACAUUUCAUCUACGCACUUUAGCACAGAAACAAGCAAACUGUAGUUUACUUAGAGUGAUGUUCAUGCAAUGACAUGCUUGAUGUCCACCGCAAAGAUCUGAUCAACCUUUUUCUUCAAGUGUGCUUUGACCAUCCGUACUGUUUCGUGUUAAAUAGCAACUGAGUCGUAAUCCUUCCCAAACGAUUAAAGUCAAAUUGCAUUGUAUUAAGUAUGAAGUAAGUCAAUUGAUCAAUUUCUUCCUAAUAGUCCAUUUCAGAAUUUGUCUCUUUUACAUGGAGAGUUUUCACACACACACUUUCUAUAAACUGCAUAAUUGUUAGCGGAUGCCAGUAUGCCUGAUUCAUCCAGAUUCAUUUUCUGUACAUCUACAAUUGUGGCAGCUGUUCCUUCACAAGCUGACUUAGCAGGCUGGCUAUUUUAAUGUGAGAAGCAUGAAGAGGGUAUGCAUUCCUGCCCUGGUGGCCGUGGUUUCAGCUGUGGCGUUAGCUCUGAAGUGCAGGGAGGUACAAGGGCCUGAUUGUUGAGCUAUCCACGCGCUACUGCAAAUGUUAUUACAUCAGCAGACCACAUUUACUGCAUGUCACGGGGGCUGCUGCAGCCAUGUACUGGGGAAAACCCCAAAAAAAUGUUGUUCAAAGUUGCGUGGCAUGCAGUGUUUUUAGUGAUCCAAUGAACUUUGGCUCAAGUUGUUUGGCUUAGGAAGUUGUUGGUAUUGAAUUGUUGGCUCUGUUAUGGUUAUGUUUGUAGACUAACUUUAAAAAAACAGGGUCUGAUUUGGAAGCCGAGCCUGAACGCCAACUGAAAGCGUGACACAACAGCUGUUGGCAGGAAAUUCUUGCAUCCCAUGCCCUCCCUUCCUCCUCAGCUGCUGUUUCGGAUUGCUCUGUUAAAUGGGAGGCACCAUUUAGGAGUCAGGGGGUUGAGAUAGCUUUACAUCACUACUGCUUUUUUUGCAAACUUGCUCUAGGAAGGAGAUCUGUGUUGUUUUUGUGGCUCUUUAGCACUUUGUGCUUACAGUGGUGUGUCUAAAUCGACAAUAGCACUAUUUAUAAAUCAUAAUAUGAAUUAAAAUUUGAUUGUAUGACCCAUUAAUGCUAUUUGCUAAAUCCAGAGAGUUCUUAAUGGCCCUGACAUAUAUAUUGAAUGUGACAUGCUGACGAACCAAGAUCGUUGACUAAUUUUGCUUCUACAGUUUCAAUACAGUUUGCAAAUCACUGACAAUAAGCCAUUUUGAGUCUUUUUCUUCACUUUGAGGUGUUUAGAACUGUUCAGGUUGUAGUCCAAAAAUCCGGAAGAGAAUUCGCCAUGGGUUCCCUCAGAAUUUUCCUAUGGGUUUUUAUGAGGCAUGGCAUAAAAUAUCGAUUAUUGAUCGGAAUUUUUUUUUAAUUGAUAUAUUUUUGAGGCAUCGAUAUAUUAACAUUAGCUGACAUUUAAAUUAGAAGGUUGAUUUGUGUGCUUUCCAAUUCACUCAGUUGGGCUUCUGUUUAAUGUCUGGCAUAAUAGCGUUGAGAGACCACAUGGGAGUGAUAUAACAUUUACUGAAGCAGGUCGCAAGGCACAGGUAUCACAACAUAGGACAGGUAUUUUAAAGCUCUUUGCACAGGACACAUAGAGCGACCCCCCCCCCCUAAUUUACCCUGUCACUCACGCUUUACCAAAGGUGUGUUGAGAAAUAUGUUUGAAGAGACAAAAACUAUUGUGCUAUGGGUAGCCCUAUUUAUAUUGAAAGAAAUCCCGAUAUAUAUAUAUAUAUAUAUAUAUAUAUAUAUAUCAAUAAUCAUCUGGAAAAUCUUCUGAUUAUCGAUGCAUGAAAAAGGCAUUGAUCCCAGCCUAGUUUCUUAAUGACAGUUUUGGAUUUAUAAGUAAAACAAGGUCUGUGAUAACAUUACUUGACAAUAUGUGGAUGUUUCGUUUUACAACAUAAAUGACACUUUCAUACCUCAAAUGUGAAUUUUGAAGUUGUAUUGAAUUGCAUACUUAAAAAAGAAACAGGGUGGCUUCAAAAUUCACAUUUGAGUUAUGAAAUUGUGUAAUUUAUGUUGUAGAAUAAAAUGUCCAUGUAUCGGCAAGUAAUGGUUACGACAUAGUUUAUUUUACACAAGUCGAAAACUUAAAUUAUAAAAAACCCACUGGAAAAUCCAGAGGGAUCCCAUGGCGAAUUAGCCUUCCGGGUUCGCCUACAAAUUGACAUCACUGCUGAACAGAUCUAUACCUGCACUGAGUAAAGGCUAUAGUAUACUUAGUUUUUCCGCAUGCCGUUCUGUCGAGCGCUCAACCUUUCAAAGUAGAUGUGCAAAGACGUGGACAGUCCAUGCAAACUGCGGAAUGAUGAAAUUUGUGCCACGUGCACCAUGCGCAAGAUGAAGUAUGCUUUGGCCUUAAGGCAAACACUCUAAAAUAUAGUACAAUUUUUAAGCACUUUUUGAUGACCUGUCCAUUUGAAAUGCAAUUGGGCACAAAUCAUAAAGCAAGAGCGAUCAUAAAAACUAAAAAUGGACUUUCUUUCGACUAAACUUGGCUGUGUUUAUUUCAGAUGUAUUAUGUGUAUAUAUAUAUAUAUAAAUACAUGUUCUGUAAAGCUUUGUGAUUUGUUACCACCUUAUUGCUAAGAAAUCAGGGGCAGGAAGCAAUACUCAUCCAGAGGGAUGGGAUUAUGAGUUCAUUUCCUGUCAGGAUCUUCACUGACACAAUUGGCUGAUUAGUCUUCCUGUUUCCUGAGGUUAGGAUAUGUGCAAAAGUUCUGUGGGUUGUCUCCAUGUGUUUUCAAAUGAACAAUACCUCUGUAUGAAAUAUAAGAAUUUUUGAAGAAUGUUACGUUAUUCCAGGUAAUUCACCCGAGCUCUUAACAGCAUCCAUGCGUCAACCGCCGUCUUUUUCGAACACCGUUUUCCGGAUCGUACGCACAAGCUUUGCAAUUCACAGAACAAUCUUUUUCAAGAAGAUAGCUAUUUUUCCAAUAUAUCUUAUGUUUUCAGCAGAGAUUUUAAUGUUGAAAUGCCUUUGUCUGGUUUCAACUCAGGUUCUUGGCAUUCUCAGUAUAUAUAAACAUAUUUGUGCGAUUCAUGUUCACGAUCUGUUACAUAAUAUUGAAGUUACAGAAAGAGUUCAUAGGCUAUUGCAGGACACUGUCAAGAGCUCAGGUCUCAGAUACUCUAUAAGUAUCUCCGCCCAUCAAGCCCCACCCAGACUGCCUCCUUCAGUACGGGCAGUCUUCCAUUUUUCCCAUGGCUACACCAUUUGUUUGUUUGUUUGUUUUUUGGAGAUUUACAAGUCUAUAUUUAGAAAAUGCUAUGUAUGUUUGUAACAGAAUAAAGGAAAUUAUAAUGAUGGAAAGCAUUUGCCUUCUGGCCUGGUGUCUUUCUUUUAAUUUUUGUACAUUGCUCGUGUUCUCCAGUAUUAAAGUCAACAUGAAGUCAAAGCUGA